AUGUAUUUGUUGGAGAGGACGAAGCGGGACUUUGGCGUCUUCCUGAAGGAGUUUGAUGCGAGCGCACAGGUGCUGCCGGACGUACCAGUGGAAAUGUUAUCGCCGUGGAAGGGCUAUGCGCUGGAGAUUCUGCAGGAGAAGGAUGACCUGAGGUUGAUCGCGGGGAUCCGACGCUCGCAGGUAAACCAGAUUGAGAGCGUUUUUGGGGUUGCCACUCUGACGGACUUUGCGGAACUUUCGGACAGGGACGUGGAAGAAGUCGUGAGAAAGCAUUCACUGCAUUCGACUUAUCGAACGCUGCACAGGCAAGCGAGCAUGCAGCUACAGACUCGGAAGAAUGGCGGAAAGUGUACAGCGUAUGAGCUUGUUGAGGGUGCUUCGAGUUUGUUGCUGCCACCUGAUUCCGACGCGGAUAUGUUCUUCGACAUGGAGGGGUUCCCGCUAAUGAAGGGCGGCGGUCUGGAGUAUCUUUUCGGAUUGGACGUUGGAAUGGAUGGCGAUUUUAAGUUUUGGUGGGCGCACAAUCGACAAGAGGAAGAACAAGCUUUCGUUUGGGUCGUGAGAUGCAUUUGCGAUCUUGUGGAAAAGGAACAGGCUGCUGGUCGCCCGAAGCCCCAUGUAUACCACUACGGUCAUUAUGAAGUUACUGCCCUUCGCCGCGUUGCGUUACGGGCAAAAACGGCUGCCGGACAUGCUGCAAGAAACACACUCGACAAACUGUUUGAAGAUGGAAUGUUUAUUGAUGUAUUCAACAUUAUUUCAUCGUCAAUCGUAGUCGGAGAGCCGAGCUACUCGAUCAAGAAGAUUGAAAAGCUUGUCAACAUUUCUCGAGAGGAUGAUGAACUUGCAGACGCAGAAUCGUCUGUCGGAAUGUACUACGAAUGGAGACGAAAACAUUUCCAUGAAGAUGAUUCUGGUCAACAGGAAAUAGUCGACGACAUCACAAGUCCUAUUCUGGAAGAAAUCUUAGUCUACAAUCGACAGGAUUGUCGAAGUCUUCGAGAUGUUGUCAGUUGGCUGCGAGCUGUACUACCGCAUGUCGAUAAAUUAACGUUCGUGGAUGCUCAAGACGAUCCUCCUAGCGAAUCUGAUAGUUUAGCCGCCAGCGAUGGCGACGCAAAUGUCAUUGAGCAAGGGGCAUGCGGUCCUACUAUGAAACACAAACUUGCCGAUUCAAUUGCCAUACGACGUUGUCUAGAAUUGAGUUCCUCUUUGGUGGCUCUUGGAAGCACUGAACUUGAUGCAGAGACACGAGGGAUAGUAGCGCACCUCCUAAUGUAUCAUACUCGAGAGUCACUACCCUCCCGCAAGCAGUUCAGCAACAUGAUCAAGCAGGCGUCUGAAUCGGACUAUAGGGACCUCUUCGAUGACGAUCAGUGUAUCAGUGGAAUCUCUUGGAAAGGCCGAAAGGCGGAUAUGGAGACAAACAAACAAUAUUUUGAAUACACGUUUCCCAGAGCGCAACUGUUCAAGUUAACAUCUGGAAACAGUGCUGCGUUUGUGGUUCCCAAAGUAGGUCCUAAGAACAUUUCUGGAGAUGAGAGCAAAUCUGACAUUUCCUGCUUCGUCUCUUUGAAGGAAGUCAGCUACAGCAAAGAAAACAGUCCGGGUUCUCUCAUUCUAUCGGCCGGAAGAAAUCCUGACUAUGAACCACCUAAGUUUGGAGUUCUUGUCAGCAGUGAGGAUCUCAAAGUCUGCAAUGCUCCUUUGCGACAAAGUAUUCUUCGUACUACAGAAAAGUUGACGAAACAGAAAGCAGACGCAAGCGUCGCAUUACCCCUUGCUUUUAUUGAACGAAGGCCUAUUGAUGAAGAGCCUUCGAGGGAUAUCUCCCUAGAAAAGAUGCGGAACAGGCAGACACGGAGUGAAAACGUUGCUGAGUUUCUGGCAUCGAGGAAAUUGUCCUGCGUGUUUGUCAUACAGGGCCCACCGGGCAGUGGAAAAACUUCUCUCUCGGGGGAAAUUAUCCAGCAACUUGUCAUGACUUACGGAAAAACAGUUGCUGUCAGUUCUAACUCUCAUGCGGCUAUUGACAACUUGUUAAGCAGUGCCGUUAGAUCUGGUUGUGAGGCUCAGACUGUAUGGAAAGUUGGGACACGAUGUACCAAGCCCAACGUGGCUCGCUUCAAGGCAAAUGUGCGAGAUGUGAAGAUUGUGUCGUGGCUUGCCGAGUCAGAGGAAUCAGAUCAAUGUACAAGUCCUUCCUCAACUGAUCACGCUUCUUCCAAGAGAACGAAGGCAAAAGCCACCGGCGCCCUGGUCGGUGCUACUUGUUAUCAGCUGUCUCAGGAAUGCAUAGACGGGGCGUUCGACUUUUUGUUUGUCGAUGAAGCCAGUCAAGUACCAAUUCCAAACUUUUUGUCUAUGUCAACUGCCGCCAAGUAUGCUAUUUUGGUUGGUGACCAACAGCAACUGGAAAUGCCUAUAAGGGGCACACACCCUGAAAUCCUUGAGCAAAGCUGUCUUGCAUAUACCGUGGGUGAGGGCGUGAAAACUGUUCCAGCGUCUCGCGGUAUUUUCCUGGACGUGUCGUACAGAAUGAACCCAGCACUUUGCCGGUUUGUGUCUCAACACUUCUACGAUCAUACCCUGGCUCAUGCUUCCAUUUGCACAGAGAACAAAUUAAAUUUGGGCUCUAACAACUCCCCCGACUGCUUCCAAUAUGGUAGUCACGGCAUUUCGUUCAUCUCGACUCAUGAAAUUCCCUGCGUCGCAGAAGUGCUGGCUCCAACUCCUUCAUACGGGAAGUGGUACCAGCCAAUUGAAGUGUUUGUCAUAUCGCAGAUAGUGAGUCAAAUACUUGGGCUUUCGUGUACGGUUAAUGGAACUUCUAAAACCAUUGGCGCUAGCGAUAUUCUUGUUGUGGCACCAUACAAUGCACAAGUGAGAGCACUCAAGGACGCCCUUCCGCAAGGCAUCCGAGUUGGGACGGUAGAUAAGUUCCAGGGCCAAGAGGCGCCAGUUACGGUGCUUUCGACAUGUACAAGUGAAUCAUCUGAGGAUUGGGAUAGAUACAAAUAUAAUGGAGAUCAUGGCACGGACAAGAAUGGAUGGCAAAACGGAGUUGCCAUGAGUUUCUCUUCCGACAGCAUGCCAGGGAACAAGGAACGACGCGGGUUUUGUUUCGCGCUUCAGAAAAACCGUCUGAAUGUCGCGAUCUCCCGAGCCCAGUGCCUUGCAGUCGUUGUCGGUGAUGCGCAUGCAUUCUCCCGCAUACCCCUGAUCACGUUAGGGGAUGUUGAUGUUGCCUCUCUAUAUGAAAGCAUUGUGUCUGUGCAAUCCAAGUGA